UCUCUCUCUCGCCACUCGCGUCUCUCCCAACUCAAACCUCUGAACUCUAAUUUCUCUCUUUGACUCUCCAACUCGCUCCCCCACCCGGUUCUGAUCUCUGACUCGGUUCCGCCUGACUCAGUUCCCGCCGAUUCAUACUCCGUCACUACCUUUCCCUCUCUAUAAUUUGCUUCUUAUUUCAAUUGACCGCUCGAUACUCCUUCUGUUCUAGGGUUUUCUCUACCGAACCACCCGUUUGGCGUCUGUCGAUCGUUUUCGACGCCGCUGUGGUGUUUCUUCUGCUAAAUUCUUCCUACGAAUGAAGCCUUUUUGGGAUCUGUAUUUAAGUUGAGCUUCGGUGAGCAAAGUUGGCAAGUAACGAAUGGUUGAUCGAUUCCUAUUUGGGAAACUAGGGUUACUCUGGUGUAUCACGUAAGAUUGUGCUGAUUAGGAAGCUCCUAAGCUCGAUUUUGGGUGGAUUUGGUUACGACGCAGAUGGCGUAGAAGCUGAAGUUUUUUAUAUUUGGGAUAAUUUAUUUGCAGGUGUAAUUUGGCGGUGGAAGUCAGAAAUUGUAGGACUUUAUUUUUUUUUUUUUAAAAGAAGUUCUAGUUGUAUGAAAUCUAGGUUUUUAUUGGUGGAGUAAGGUGGGGAGGGAUUUAGGAAAAUGUUUUACUCUCAGUUUAUCUUGGCCAAGAAAGGUCCACUUGGGACGAUAUGGAUUGCGGCCCAUUUGGAGAGGAAGCUCCGCAAGAAUCAGGUUGCAGACACCGAUAUCGGAGUCUCAGUAGAUUCAAUUCUUUUUCCUGAUGUUCCUAUAGCACUCCGGUUGUCCAGCCAUCUUUUACUUGGAGUUGUUAGGAUAUAUUCAAGAAAGGUGAACUACCUUUUUGAUGAUUGCAGUGAGGCUUUGCUUAAGAUAAAGCAAGCUUUUCGUUCCACUGCAGUUGAUUUGCCUCCAGAAGAAUCUACUGCACCAUAUCAUUCCAUCACCUUGCCAGAAACUUUUGACCUUGAUGAUUUUGAGCUUCCAGAUAAUGAAAUGUUUCAGGGUAACUAUGUUGAUCAUCAUGUCAGUGCAAGAGAUCAGAUUACACUUCAAGAUACCAUGGAAGGUGUUGUUUACUCAACAUCUCAGUUCGGAUUGGAUGAGCGAUUUGGCGAUGGUGAUACUUCUCAAAUUGGUUUCGACCUGGAUGAGGACCUUUUCUUAGGCAAGGUUGCUGCCCAAGAUAAUGAUGGAAUUCCAGAUGGUGAUCUGCAGGCAUCAGCUCCUCCAAUGACACCUGAAGAAAAAGAUGUAAUGCAUGAGGGCAUUGAGGGGAUGUCUAGAACUACAGAAAUAAUGGAUGUGGAUGGCACUGGGGACCAGAUUGAAGUCACUGAUGCAGAUAUUGAAGCUUUUGAGCAUGCUGAGGACCCAUCUACUCCUGGAUUUGUGGAACAUUCAAGCCUGUCCAAGUUUGAAGGGCCUCUGAACUUUGAUGGUCACUUGGAAUCAAAAGACCACGAUUUAUUAGAAUUUGAAGGACCUGAAGAUGCAGAUAAUGAUAUUAGUAAGUGUGAUGCCCACGAAACUGUUGCUCCUUUGGAGAAUGGCUGCCUUUUGAGUGAAGUGGAGACGAAACAAGCAAAUUUGCAGCUUCAUUCAGCAUCUAUUCCAGUUGCUACAGAGAACAUCUCUGCUGAUAAUGGGGUUUCAACACCAUUAGCUGCUGUUGAGCAUGAUAAACCUAUUCCUCUGGCUCCAGAGUGUUCAAAUGGAAACAUUAAUGCAGUGGAUGGUCCAGUCAGGGUGGAAGACAUACACAAUGGUGUUGUUAUAAACGAAAGAACUAGACACAUUGGUGACGGAACAGAUGUACAAUGCCCUGAAUCUCCCGGAGUUAGAUUGGAGGAAACUGUUGCAUCUCCUAGCUGCUCCCAGGUGACCACAGAACUGGAGGAUCCUGGUCGUCAGACUUCGUCAAUUGACGUUGAAACUCACAACAUGGGAGAAUCAUGCUCCCCUAGCAAUGCAUUGUUAACAAAUGUUGUUUGUCCACCUGAGUCACCUGGGAGACCAGAGGUUGUGAAUGUUGAAGGUCAGACUUCUCAAGAGCCAAUAGAAACAAAUACUUUGAAUCAUGCUACUCAUGAUUUCAUUGCAUCUAUUGAUUUUCCUGGACUCCAUGCCUGCACUCAGAAAGAACUUGAUGUAUCAUCUUUUGGAGGUGAAGAGAGCCAUUCAAUUGAUGUUAUAAGACCGGACACAGAAAAUAAACAGCUUUCUGAACCUGCUUUAUGGGUAGAGACUCCAGCUGACUGCAGGAAGUUGGAUGAAGAAAUGGCUAAUGUAGCAUCUUGUGAUAUUCAGUUAGAGAAUUUUGACAGAUCUGUGGCUUUAGACUUACCUGCCCCUGAAAAGCUGCUCUCUUUUACUGAUGGGUUUACUAGUAAACCAAAUGAUUUGUUGAUGGAGUCCACACCUAGGGUUGAUGAGAGUGGUGCUGGGAUCAAAAUUACGACAGGAAAGAAACGUAGCUUCACAGAGAGUACUUUGACUGUACAUAGUUUAAACUCGAGUGACUCGUUUAAUAUGACCAGGUUGAAUAGAACCACAGAAUCCAUUCCUGAUGAUAAUGAUUUGCUGUCCUCUAUCUUAGUUGGAAGAAAAUCAUUAGUUUUGAAGAUGAAGCCCACUCCACCUGUACCUGAAACAAUUUCAACGAAACGCCUUCGGUCUGCUCGCCGGGCUAGUGCCUCGAAGAGAAAAGUGCUUAUGGAUGAUAUGAUGGUUCUACAUGGCGAUAUGAUACGCCAACAAUUGACAAAUACAGAAGGCAUACGUCGCCUGCGUAAGAAAGCUCCCUGUACUAGCCAAGAAAUCUCAAUGAUUCAAAGACAAUUCUUGGAGGCAGAAAUUUUUAAUCAACCCAGUUUUACUGGUAUGUCCACAGCACUGAUAUUUUUGCACCAUGAGAAAUUUGAUUUGAGUAGGAUAAGGGUUUGUGAAAAUGAUCAAAGCAGUGAUCCUGUUGAAUUGACGAAGAAUGUAGAGUCUUCUGUUUUUGUCAGAAGUGAUUUGGAAACACAAUUUGUUAACAUUCCCAUUCAAAGUGAGAUUCAGCACGCUGAAAACAUUGACUUCAGAUCUCAACAUGAAAACUUGGGUGUGGUAGCUGAAAUGGAAAUUGAUGUACAAAAUAUUGAAGUGGCUGAUGCAGCAAAUCAUUCUGUUAAUGGGCUUGAGUCGUCAAUUCAGAUUGAACCUGAUUCCAAUGAUAUUGCCAACAAGAUGACAGAAAACAUUGUGCAAGGAGAUCUUGUGGAUAAGAGUAAUGGUGUAGAUGCUUCUGCACCAAUGGAUACAUCAUGCAUGUCUCCACAGAAGUUUGAAACUGAGCCUAUUGAGGAAACAUCACUAGCAGACACAAGUAAUGGGAGAGUUGAUGCUAUUGAAGAUAUUGGACAUGGUGUUGAAUUUAGUGUAGAUCCUGAGAAAGAUAAUUUCAAUUUACAUGCCUCCCUCGUGGAAACUGAGGGGUAUGAUAUUAUGCUUUCUGGGCCUGGAGAUCAAGCUGUAGAAGUACAUGAAAACAACGAUUUCAGCAUUAUGAAUCCGGAUGAGGUCCAGGCACCAGAAGAAGUACGUGAAGACAAGGAUUUGGCUUUUAGCUGUAUGCAAGCUGAUGGAGCUAACUUAGAUUCUAGUCUUCCCUUAGAACUGAAUGUGGAUGUAGAAAAUGCUCCCUUGAAUGAAGGAGAAAAUGCAGACGUCAAGGAAAUUGAUGUAAAUGAAGGAAUAACGGCUGACAGUUCUGCAAUGGAGCUUCGUGCUGAUUAUGAAGAUGAUGUCACAGUUGGAAAUGACACAGAAUUUUUGAAUGUAGAUGAUGACGACGUAGAAGAAGACUAUGAAGAUGAUGAUGAUAUGCCAGGUGCUGAAGAUACUCGUAUUCUUGAAAACACUGGAUGGUCUUCUCGAACCAGGGCUGUUGCCAAGUAUCUCCAAACCUUAUUUGACAAGGAAUCUGUGCAUGGAAAGAGGGUUCUCCCAAUGGACAAUCUAUUGACGGGGAAAACUCGCAAGGAAGCAUCAAGGAUGUUUUUCGAGACACUGGUUCUAAAGACAAAGGAUUACAUCAAUGUAGAACAGGAAAUGCCCUUUGACAACAUCAAUGUAAAGCCGAGAAUAAAGCUCAUGAAAUCCGACUUCUGAGAACUUACAUAGGAAAAGGCAGAUACAGUUUGAUACGUAGUUUGGCUGAUGAUGGUCCUUUUAUUAUCAUUUUUUGUUUCUUCACUAGAUUUUUUUUUUGUUUCUUCAAAGGGGGUGUUCUCUUUUUUCUUUUUUCUUUUGUUUUAUAAUUAAUUUUUUUCUUUUCAACGGGGGAAGGAAGGAGAAAUUAUGUCAUAUUUAGUUUGAUGUAAUUGGUAGUUUAACAAGUCAAGGUCUAAAUCUAAUGGUACCUGUGUAUCUUUGUACUAGUGACAACAAUGCUGUAACAAGGAUCUUAUGUAUAUGUAUAUAUUUGUAACAUAUUAUUAUCAUUGCAAUUGAUUAGGCUAAUUUAAUA